CUCUUGUGUGAAGGAUGCCGGUUGUGGGUGGUGGACGAUCGCCCUGGAUAUUUGCUCUUAUAUUCAGUAUCUUACACCUCUGGGGGAGACUCUCAGCGUCCUCUUCCUCAGCCGCUCCUCCUGCACCUACGCUGGACGUCUACAUGAGGUCAGAGGGCGCUGUGGUCCUGAGCUGCACCGUCCCCGAGGGUCAAUAUGGCUUUGUGUUUAUGCUGUACGAGGACAAAGACGAGGUGGACUUUUCAAACCCUGAAACAGGUGCAAGCAAGGUUCAGUUCACCGUAGCAAUAAAGGAAUCAGAUCAAGGCAGACGCAGGCUUUUCUGCUGUCUGUACAAGAACCAGGAGGGAGUCUUCAGCGGGUUCAGUCCCUACUUGCAGCUGGACAAACAAAUUGAUGCCCCCCCUACUUAUUCAUCUCUCCAGCCACCGGUCUUGUCCGUGGAGCCUCCUUCAGGUGUGGUGAGCUGUGGGGACACACUGACCUUCAGCUGCACCGUCCCCUCUCACGCACCCUACUUACAGUCCCAGUCCAGCAGACCGCUGACCUUCCUCCUGCUGAGGACCCCGAGGCCAGCGGGGGCGGCGUCUGUCGUCCUGCAGCCUCUGGCCAGUCAGGUACCGAACCCUGAGCCCCGGCCCGGAGUCUUCACCGUGGGGCCGGUGAGGCGGGGAGAGGAGGGCGAGUACAGCUGCAUCUACCAGGUCACCAGAAGCAAGAUUCUAGUUAAUUCAACCGCCAGCAAUGUGGUGAAAGUCACCGUGACCGACACGCUGCCCGUGCCCACCCUCGUUCUCCAGAAGCAGGCCGAUGUGUGGCGUCUGCUGUGCACUGGUUCUCCUGCGUACCCCGGCGCUGCCUUCUCCCUCUACCUCACAGGUAGUGAACACCCCAUCGACACGCGGCACGCCCAACUCAUUCGGCAUGAAGCGGCCUUCGCCGUGCCAGUGCAGGACGCCGCGGUGGCUCAGUACCAGUGCCAGUACAGCGUGCUGCUGGGGGACGGGUGGAGCCACUCUGGACACAGCAUCCCUCUGACUUUAAGGAAAGAAUUCCCCCCUUCGUCUUCAGCAGGCAUCGACUGGCCUCUGAUUCUGGGCUCCUUCUCCACCGUGGUUUUGUUCCUCUCUUCGCUGGCUCUUCUGGCCAUGUUGGCACACAGGAAAGUCAAAGCAGCAGCGCGGAGGAAGAAGAAAAGACAAGAGGCACAGUUCUGGACUGAAGUUCAUUCCAAGGACCAUGUUGUUGAUCUUACACUCCGGCGUACAAGUUUCACUCAGGAAUGUGUCAGCGGGAGCACUGAAACGGCGUCCAGAUCCCCCCUCUGGAACUCACUCUCCACAUUCACAAGUACCAUCUAUUAGAAAUGUUUGGCGUCUCUCUCUCUCUUUGUGUGUGUGUGUGUAUAUACUUUAUCAUGGUUUAUCAGUGUAUCAUCAGGUGGAGUGUCACAGCAGGACAGGAAAAACUGUUUCCUCACUCCUUGUUUCAUCUUUGCUUUAAUUGUACAGUUUGACAGGAUAUGAUGGUUGUUUGAACCUAUAUGUAACUGAGCCAGUGAAUCUAAAUACAGAAAUUCUUAUUAUUAUUUCCAUCCUGG